AUGUCUUCAAGGACAACAAGAUCAUCUCAACAAGCCAUCGAACACUCCUUGAAUCGACGUGAUGCACAAUUAACAUCAAGAAGGCAAGCUGGUGGAGAUACUCAACCACCCACUCGAGCAGCAACUCGACAGAGUGCGGGUUCGAGUAGGCGGUCGAGUGGAGUGCCGAGAAGAAGACAUCAGCGAGUUGAGGAGGAUCCUGAGCAAACUGAAAGUGAGGAAGAGAUGUACUUCACUCUUCAAGAACACAUGAGGAGGAACAAAGCAAAAGGAAAGAGGCCAGCUGAAGAUCAACAACAAGAGGAAGAAGUUGAGACAUUGUGUCUUCUUGGGGAUGAUCAAUCACUGUUCAUUUGGGUGAUGAAAGGAGCCGUUAGGAGUGAAUCGACGGAGGUGAUAGUAGGAGAAUCGACGGAGGACGUGGUUGAGAGAAUCUCCGGCGUGGAUUUCAUGGUGGUUGAUUCGAAACGCCACGAGUUCAUCAAAGCGUUGGGAUUAGCGAAAAUGAGCAAAAUGGAUGCCGUUUUGGUGUGCAAAAACGCCACGCAGAAAUCUAUCCCCGGGUUUAGAUGGCACAGAGUUUUAAGACGAGGCACACGUGUCGUGAGAUCGGUGUUCUUACCCGUUGGAGGAGGAUUAGAUAUCGCACACAUGGGAGCCAGUGGUAAUAAUGACUUGAAGAAGCUUCCUAGCCGUUGGAUUAAAUACAUAGAUCCUCAAUCUGGAGAGGAACACUUGUUUAAGCGCUAGUCAACGUUACCAUUUCUA